AUUAGCUAUUUUUAUCUUUCGCUUCGAAUCAACAUUCAUUUUUGCUCAAGGUAUAAAAACUAGUUAUGGCUCACUAACGGGUUAACAUUUGGUAGUAAUGUUACUUGUCAUUUUUGAUUGUGAAACCACAAAAAAGGAGGGGGAAAAACACUGAGUUAUCGAAGCACCUCCUGAAGUGUAGCCUCGGGAACCGGAUUAUUAAUCCCGUGAAAACCCAAAGUUAUUUUUAGAAUAAUACAGUAAUGCGUCGAAUUUAGCAAUCCCACAGUAUCACAUUGACUAGCAUUCAUUGCAGAAGCCAACACAACCGAUUCCACCAAUGGAAAUCUUGUGCACGUCUUAGAAUUGUAUGUUCACAGUCACUGUGCAGUCAUGGGAGUUCCAUUUCACAUCUACAGCGCGUUUAGGAUCGCAGCGGCUAGCCUAGGGGCUAUAGACUACUAGAACAUAAUGGAUGGAAUAUACAGAUCCGGGAGGAUUUCAUCCCCCCAGCAGGUGUCAAUCUCUCCCCCGGGACUGCAGGUGCCCGUCCCCCGGGAUUCGUGGGGCGGUACAGCAGUACAAGUGUCUGAGGACGACAAUGAACGAUCAAACUGUGAAUAUUUCUCACUUCGUAAAGACUCUAGUCCUGUGUGUGUGCCGAGCGACGACGUGUACACGGACAGUCAUCAGUCAUCGCUAUUUUCAUCACAUAUUUCAACUUGUAGUGAGAAUGAUUUAGAACAUGACGGAGAAACCCAAACCUAUGUCAGCUCAGCGCCAUCGUCACAUUCCUCAUUGUCAUCGUUUUCAUCGCUUUCCACGGAUUUUUUAUCUUCACUUUCAUCGAUCCCCCAGAGUCGUCCCUCUAGAAUGCCAUCGCUAGCGUCUGUGACAGAAGCUGAUUCAGUGAAUGACAACAUGCUCUUUACCGACUCUAAUUCUUCGCCACCCAUUACUGCUCAAAACCCAGCCCCGACUCUUGAUUUCUCAGACUGCCGCUAUCCUCAGUAUGCAGAGGAACAGAGUCGUUUGAAUUCCUUCAAAGACUGGCCUUCACAUUUAACCCAGACCAGUCAUCAAAUGUCUUUCGCUGGAUUUUACUAUACCUCCUUCAGUGAUUGGGUACGUUGUUUUUGCUGUGGAAUCGGGGUCCGCAACUGGGCACCAACAGAUGACCCCUGGGUCGAGCAUGCGCGAUGGUCUCCUAGAUGCUCAUACAUUCGACUGAUGAGAGAUUCACGGUUUUUGGACGAUGUGGAAUACGCAGUGCAGGAAAGAGAACAAGAGGUGAUCACCCCACCAAAUGUCCCACUUUCCAUACCCUCCAGAAUUACAGAGAACAUUUCCGACGUCAGACCCAGCACUGACCAGGCUACCGAGAAAUACCCCGAUAAGACACUGGAGAAAAAUCCACUGUUGACAGAUGCUGCCCAAGCCGUGUUAAAAAUGGGUUUCCUUCCCAAACAAGUCAAACGAGCCGUUGAUAUUGUCCUCCAAAAGAAAACAUGGCGGACGAUGACGGCCAUGGAGGUGGUGGACGUGUUGACGGAACUUGAACAGGAGAGUGACGACUCGACGAACAGCCAGGAAGCGGAAACGCCGGACGAACACAAACCAGAGGACGUUGAAAAAUUAAAGGAGACAAAUGAGAAUUUGCGAGAACGGACAAUAUGUAAAAUGUGUUGUACCGGGAAAGUGUCCAUCGUCUUUCUUCCAUGCGGGCACCUGGUCAGUUGUGGUCAGUGCUCACCCGCGCUCCGGAAAUGUCCCAUGUGCCGACAGGACAUCAAAGGAACCGUGCGGGUCAAGUUUAAUUAAAAGUUUGUUGGACUUCACGGUUUGAAGUUUGUCGUGAUGAAGCAUGAGACUGUGAUAUAAAACUAUAAGCAAACAUAAAGGUGCAGCUGAUUAGUACUUAAUAGAUUAUUAUCUGUGACAAUACAUGUAGCCAGUACAUUUAGCGAAUGAUAUCGGAUACCGCUUUGAUUGUGAUUGAAUCUAAAUUUGGAUUAUGAAGGAUUUUGUGUGCACUAUGGAGUCCUUGAGUAUCAGCUUUGACAGUGUGAGGAUGACUAGAUCAGACUUUAAAUGUGAUUGGAUUCUAAUGGACAGUGUAUAAUUGUACUGUAGAUGCACUGUUGUCGGUGUGCGUUAUGUUGGAGUAAAGGAUCGGUGCUGGCAGGCGUUAUGUUGGACUCCUGGAAUGGUAUUCCCCACUUUUUGUGUUUUUUUUUUUAUCUCAUACUGGCAAACUAGGUUGUUGUAUGCAAUUCUAUGAAAAUAAAUAGAAUACUAAUUAUG